AUUAUCGCUUUAAUGUGGCGGCUGGUAGAAAGGCAGAAACUAAGAACAGCUGCCAUGUCAAAGAUGUGAGCCCCACUUUCAAGUUCCAGCAGCUCGUCUCUAACCAUCGCACUGGCACACAAGGUCUUGAGAGAAUGGAGUUCUUUGUGCUGUCUCCACAGUUUAUGUAGUUUUCAUGCCGGAAGGCAAAGGGUGUUGUCGAGGCGAAAUUUUGAGGGAGUGAACAAUCCUUUAGUCUUGUGAUAGGCGUGAAAUUUUGUGGGGAGCGUGUACCGUCCUCUGCUGCCUCCCUCCUUCAUUUUGUUUGUGGAAAAGGGGCGCAGCUCGGUGGUGGUGAGUGCGAUAGUACUUGCAGUUCCGUGUUUGAUGUCUACAGCAGGGCUGCAGAAGGUUGUCUUUCAUUUUGUGAACGGUUUGCUGUUGAAGGAGUAUCAGUCGGCAGUUCGGAUGUUCCGCUGAUGCCGAAAUGAAAUCAUCCGACCCGAGACAGAAUGUCAUUUACACCGUGUGCCUGCGCACCGCCUUGGAAAGUUGUGUUUUAUUAAAAAACGCAAAAUCACCUUUGUGAGCUGUAACAGACACGGUGCAGGUGUGAAUGGAGUAGGUGUAUACUGGCACAGAUUUCAUAUCAACGAAGUUUGCCAGAGCUCACAGGCAGUGGCUUUCCAAGAAAAGAUAUUGUUGGAUUAAGAGGAAUCAUAUGUUUUCAGCAGUUGGAAGUAUAACUUCUACCCUUUCCACCCCAUAUAAUGGGAAGCGACAGAGUGUUCAAGAAAAGCAGUCCUAAUGGCAAGAUUACGACAUACCUUGGAAAGAGGGAUUUCAUAGACCAUCUCACACACAUUGAUCCUAUUGAUGGGGUUGUCCUUGUGGACCCAGAAUAUCUGAAAGACCGGAAAGUUUAUGCUCACAUUUUGGCUGCUUUCCGCUAUGGACGCGAAGAUUUGGAUGUUUUGGGGCUUACAUUCCGGAAGGAUCUGUACUUGUCAUCCAUGCAAGUUUAUCCACCUGUGAAAGACCAUUCAGAGCCGAAACCACUGACACGUCUUCAGGAGAGACUGAUCAAGAAACUUGGACCUAAUGCCUACCCCUUUUACUUUGAGCUGCCACCCAAUGCUCCAGCAUCAGUCACUCUACAGCCUGCUCCAGGGGACACUGGGAAGCCCUGUGGUGUGGACUAUGAACUCAAAACCUAUGUUGCUGACAAUGUGGACGAAAAGCCUCAUAAAAGGAACUCUGUGCGACUGGCAAUCCGCAAGCUGACCUACGCUCCAGAGGAGCCGGCACCGCAGCCAAGUGCUGAAGCUGUAAAAGACUUCAUGAUGAGUCCUGGCAGUAUUCGCCUGGAGGCCUCUCUGGACAAAGAGAAAUAUUACCAUGGCGAGAGUAUUGCUCUCAAUGUACUGGUUGACAACAACACCAACAAGACGGUCAAGAAGGUGAAAUUGUCAGUGCGCCAAUUUGCUGACAUUUGCCUCUUCUCCACUGCUCAGUACAAGUGUACGGUUGCUGAAAUGGAGAGCGAAGAGGGAUUCCCUAUUCAGCCUAGUCAGACUGGCUUCUGUAAGGUGUACCACCUAUGCCCUCUGCUUACCAACAACCGGGACAAGCGUGGGCUUGCACUAGAUGGCAAGCUCAAACAUGAAGACACAAACCUCGCUUCCUCCACCAUAAUGACAGAGAAGAGUCAAAAAGAAAACCUUGGCAUCGUCGUAUCAUACCGCGUAAAGGUCAAGCUUAUAUUGGGCUUUGGAUCCGGGGAUCUUUCAGUUGAGCUGCCAUUCACCCUGACCCACCCUAAGCCAAUUGAGUCGCCACCUCCAUCGCGCCCUCCCAGCAUGGUGCCACCUGAAGUAGAAACACCUGUGGAUGCCAACCUCAUCAAGCUGGAUACAAAUGGUGAACCCUUCUAUGCGGACAAAGAUGAUGAUUUCAUUUUUGAAGAUUUUGCUCGUCUUCGACUCAAGGGCCAUGAGGGUGAUGACACAGAGGCUUAACUGGCCCUACAGCAGCGUGAAAAUCUUGCAGUUUCCAUGCUUAAUUAUUUCUCUCACAAUGGUGUCCACGGCAGCUAGUUUCGAUCAUGGAUGAAGUUUCAGGUGGAACCAUAUUUUGAAGGAUUUGUUUCCAUGCUCACAUUCAGUGUUUAGUUCCUAACUGAUGUGAUGAUGUCUUCCUUUGCCAGGAAGUUGUUGCAACAACAUAUACCAUUAUCUGCAGAUUACAUCCCAGUCAUUUCUGUAAUCAAUGCUGCUUUUCAUUGAUUCUUUCCUGCAUGGUUGCUGCUUGAUUGUUAUGGUGAUGGUGUCCCAGGUAACCGCAUUGUGAUGUGGGUGACUACUGUGGUUUUUUUUAACUGUGGUCGUAUCCGUGGAAACUGGUAGAUUUGCUACAAUGACCAGACUACUGUAGCGGUGCUGGGGAAAGUAGGUAAUGAGUCUGCAUUCAAUGUUGGCUAUCCAGACUUAAACAGCUGUGUCAUGUAUUGUUGUGCUUAUUUGAGGCUCAGAGUGGAAGGUCAUAUAGUGACUUUUCCGCAGCAUUAUGCCCCAGAAUUUCAUGUGCAGCUGUGGGCUUAUGAGUUGUAGGUUGUUGUAGGUGUGCAUUGUAUAUACAUCGCUGUGUGAUCGUAAUGUAAUGAGACUUUAAAAGCACCAGAAGUUGUUAAAUUUCAGUCUUGAUCAAGUAUUGAUCAAGGAGGUAUUGGAAGUUAUUUGCGAGGAAACAUUUUUGUUGUGUUCAGUUAGCAUUCUUAUGGUGUAAACAUAUGGUGGCCCAAUGUUUCUAUCAUGCUGCACACUAGAAAGCUUUUUAAAUAGCCUUGGGUGGGGAGAGGGGGCAGUGGGUGGGAGCAUGUUUCAAGAAAGUGGGAGAAAUGUGUCAAGAGGUGUCAAAUGGGUAUCUCAGAUCUGUUAGGUUUGUGUUCAUGAAAAAAAUAUUGUUAAAAAUACAAUGUUGAUUCCUUAAUAUCACUUUGAAUGACCUGUAAGCUGUGUAUAAAUAAAAUAUGCUUAAUGAAGUACCUCUAUCCAUGGUGGUCAGUGUGUCAUUGUUGCUGGAGAGCUUUAUAUGCUAUUUGCUUGUUUUGCCCGUCAUAUUUGAUGUUUGUGAUGACAUUCAUUUUGAUCUGACAGCCUGUGAAAUGGGGAGGGGGACCACUUGUUUUCAUACCUUAUGCUAUCUUAAGAUGUUUUUUUGGCACCCCACUGGCAAUAAAACAGGAUAAAAUAAAUUUGGCUUUUUGAAAAAGGCUGAUGGUAUUGAUAAUAAAAAAGAUUUCUUUGCACUGUUACUCAAACUUUACGAUAGAGAAAUCAUAAAGGGAUAUAAAAAUGAUAAUUUUAAUCUACACAGAGAGUAUAAGCGAAUGCUGCUGAAAACUGCUGACAAAUUGUGAAUCAUUUGUAAUACCUGAUAUUUAUUAAUCAGUUGAAUAUGUAAAUCUACAUAAGUUAUCAAAGAUUUUUGCACUGUCCUUUAAGAAAGAGGCAUAUUAUUAAUUAAUAUUAUAAUUAAAAUUUUUAAUUUCAGAAGUGAAAAUGCUGAGCAGACUGUUAUAUAUCACAAUGUUAAAAACACUAGGUAGCAUGAGAGAAGAGUCUGUAAAAAAAAAAAUCAACUAAAUGGUGGCAGAUCGUCUUUAGAAAAGUAGUGAAACCUGCUUACAGAUGAGUGUUACUCUAGGCUGCUGUUUGUCGUAACCUUUCCAAGUCCAAAAAUAUUUUUGGGAGGUGCACCAUAUGUAGUCAAAUAUUUUUUUUAGUGUUAUGCCAAUCUUGUUUUUUAUGCACAUGUGUUUGUUGCUAAGCUUUCAAGAUUUAUGCUGUUAGCUUUCAUUACAUCUCUUUUACAAAAGCAGUCUAUAGAGUUUAUAUAUAGCAGAAUGGUCAAAUGCACAUUUUGUGGUAAUUUUCAGUAGAAGCUGCUCAAAUAUGUUUUGGAAAAUUAGCUUGAAUGGCUUGUCCACAGUUGUCUAAAUCUAUAGUUACCAAUUGCUCAAAAACUAAAUUGUGUCUAAAAUAUUGGGUUUUUUUUUCCACUAGUAAUUGUCUGCUUAAAAUGAUUUCUAUUCUGGCUUGAGAGAUGAAAUAUACACUACCUCUGUAAUGUUGCAUUUCAUUUUCUUAGGAUGUUAUUAGUCCCUGUGUACACUUCAUUAUUCAGAAAAAGGUUAAGCAUUGUAGAAAAAGUGAUUACAACCAAGCCAGAAUUCAUCUAUAGGUUGGUGGCUGUUUCCUAAAACUUGUACUAAUUAUACUUUCUGCACACAAUUUGAAAAAGCUUCUUCGGCAAUUUGACUGUGAGAAUUCAUUCAGUUUAUGUACUUGAACCUACUGUACCAGUUCCAUGCUCUAGAUAGCAUGGGUUGUGCUUCGGAAAGAUAAACAGCAGCCUGGAGGAUUUGUGGUCAGAAGUGUCAACUUCUGAGAGGUUUAGAUUUUGCUGAUUCAUAUUGUGUUUUUGCUGUCAGGAAUGGGAUGUAGCAAACAGCUAAAAACUUUCAUCCCAAAUACUCUACAAACAUCUGAAUUAUUGUUGUUUUCCUUUUUGUAGCAAAAGCAAGUGAAUUUUACAGAUUUGAGAGUAUUUUAAUUCCUGGGAAAGGAAUUUGUUCUGUAAGGGGUUAAAAUAGUCUUUAAUCAAAUGUAAUUGUUAACAGAAACUCCAGAAAGAAAUAUCAGUAUAAUAAAUUUGUCCUGUACCUGUUGCAUUUUGGUGAAAGUGGUGUUCCGAGUAGAUUUGAUGGAGAAAACAAAGAGAACUCUGGAAAUCCUAAUCAGGACAGUUUUUGAAAUUUCUCAGAAUACUUGUUGGCUUUGCAUUCAUGAAACAUCUUAACAUGGUAACAUACAUUUCUUCAUGUAAUAUUCAUCUUUAAGUAUUAAGUACAAGUCUUGUGUUAUAUCCAUACUUGAAAUAGCUGUUACUUCGAAGUAAAGGUUUGUCUUUUUAAUUGUUGCUGUUGCCAGUGAUUGCAAUUAUUGGAUCUGAUUCUUACAUGUGUUCUGGUUAUAAGAGAUAUCAAGCGAGUAUGGGUGAUUUGUAACAUUUGGCUUGACAUGCAUUUUUCUGUUUCAUCUAGUUUCCUGCAUGAAAAGCAUGCACAGAUGUACAUGUUGUGGAUUUUUGUACAUUGGUAUACAAAUGUCACUUUGGAUGAUAUUUCUGUGGACACAAUUUUUCAGUGUCUUCAAGAGUAAUCCAAACCUAUCUAGAGAACUGUUUGGAGUGAAAUAAUAGCAGAUCUUGGUUGUCCCCUAAAAUGGCAUCCAGGUUGAAAGUUGUGCUAGGGUUUACAUUCUCUUUUCAUAAGUCGUCAUUUCUUCCAUAGACAUAGAAACUGGCAGGUGUACAGUGCAUGUUGUGUUUAUAAUCAUAGCUAUGAUAUUAAAUAUUUAUGUAACUUUUGUUAUAUUUGCAUUCUCAUGCACACAAUUUUUCGAUAUAAUUGUCAGAUUUUACAAUGUAUUUUCUAUUUAUAGCUGUUAAGUUAGGACUGAGAUAAUUUGUAUCUGAUUUUUCUUACGCAAUAUUUCAGAUGAAUAAUUUUCAUGAACUAGUCAUAGAAAUCACAAGAUAACUUGUAACAGCUAGAUUAUAUGUUGUAUCCAUUUUUUCUUUAUACUCUGCGUACUGGGUAUCCUGAAGUAGAGUUGGUUACCCAGUCUUGAUGAAUAAUCUUGCUUAGUUUUCCUUGUAUGGCAUGGUCCUAGGACUUUGUGCUCAUCAUUUGACACCGUUCCUUUCUAGUUACUGAAGCAUGCUAAACCACAUUUUGUCGCCCUUUUUAAGUUCCAUCAACAGGUGCGGCUUAUGUUUCUUACUAUGGUGUCUUUUCAAGCCUAAUGAUCAAAUCCUAUCCACUGCUCUUGCUUUGAUCAUCGCAGAAAGCAGGUGUUGCGUAUAAAUGACUCAAGAUGUGUUGUUGCAUUUAUAACCCCACCCCAACAGCUUUUUAUGUUAGAAACAUGGUUUAUUUCCAAGGUAAUGAUCUUACCGUAAAUUAUCAGAAGCUGGCUGGGACAUUCUUUUUUCACAGAGUAAUAGACAUGUGUCUAGACCCUAAUGCUAAAAGAUAAUUAUUGGGGGGUUUUAUGACUGGUCUUUUUUUGUAAAAGCUUAGGAAUUAGCAAAGUGUGCUUUGGUUAAAAUAAAAAGUACAGCUAUUAGAACCAGUGUCUUGUUCUUUGCAAUAUCUUGCCUCCAUCCCACACUUUGACCUAUCAGUACCUGUGGUGCCAGAUGGUGGGUCUGCUUCUGUAUUCCAACGUUAGAAAUCUUCAGCUGAAUCUCCACCUGCCUAUGCCAGCUUACCUGGCUAAUCUCCUUGUCGCCUCAGAUAACAAUUGUUAACUUCCCUCAGCCCCAAAUCACAAAUGCUGCGUAUGAACCACUCCUCAUCUUGCCACUGUUACCACUAUGCCUGAUCUAUAUGUAGCCGUUGUGCAUCUAUGACCACUCUAAACAUUUGUGCAAUAAAAAAAUCUGCAAAUA